ACUCAGGUACUUUUUGAAGGAGAAUUCAUUGAGUUGUCCUUUAUCUUAAAAAAAUAUCCAAAAAAGGAGGUCUCACCAAAAAUCCCAUUUAAUUGAGAAUUGUUUUUUUGGAGAUUUAUUUUGAAUUUGAAGUUGUUGGAGAAAGGUGAGCGAGGGGAUUUCCCUCCAAAAAAGGCUCAAUCAGAGACGCUGGUGAAGAUGCUCGCGAGGCAGCUGGAUUUCACGGUGUUUGGAGCUGCAUCGGCGGCCGUGGUGUUGCCUGAGCACCCUUCGCAGCCGGCGGCUGAGCCCCUGCUGCGGCGGACGGUUAAGCAGAUGCAGCUGCCGCCACCAUAGCCACUGGCGCAGCAUCAAUAGCUACUAUUGAUGCCUUUGCAAUCUCAGUCGCCUCUUCCUUCGAUACGCCCUGUGUAAGUUUGCAAUUAUCGAUUCUGCUAUGCUUUUUAUUCUCAAAGUUGCGAGUUUGUUUUGUUUUGUUUUUUUUUUUUAAAAAAAAAAAUUGUCUUGGAAGCUAAAUAUUGAUUUUGAAUGUUCAAAUUUGUGAAAUUUUCGUAGGGUUUUGAUGUUCUGGUUCUCUCUCUUUCAAAUUUGGUUAUUUAGUUAUAACUUUGCAAGAUCAAUUAUUACUGUCCAUUGCCCUUUUUUUGAAAUGUCUGUUUUUGUAUAUAUUUCAGUCAUGUGAUGCUUAAUAAUAUCUCAAAUUUAAAGUUUAUGCAAUUUUUUUUUUAUUUUUUAUUUAUUUUUCAUGUGUUGGGGAUGCACAAUUAACUUUUUAUUUCAGUUCAUUUAUAUGCCUUUUGUGUUUAAAAUCGGAAGUUUGUUUUUGUGAAAUUGAGGUUGGUUUCCUUAUUAAUCCUUUGGGGAUUGGGGGAGGGUGUUAAAUCACUGUGGAAAGGGUCCUUCCUCACAUUCCUAGGUGCUAUCUGUAACUGUAACUAGUUCUUAAAAAGAUCAUCAAAACUGGCUGGUUUAUCAGACAAAGUGAUUCUCAAUAAAAUAUGGUUUAUAAAUUGAGCCAAACCGAAUUACUUGGUAAGUUCCUGUUGGGACUUGGUCAGACCACUGGAUUGACCAAUUUGAUUUUUUAACUUUUUUUAUAGCUUUUCACUCAUGUCUUAGGUUAAUUUAAACGUGCUUUGUGUUUUAUUUGUAAGAUUCAGCGACGGGGUAUUUUGAAAUUGAAUGAUAAAGUGAUGUUAGAGCAUGGAAUGUAGGUUACGGCUCAAUUUUUUGAGAAAUUACUCGAUAUCAUUUGGUGCCAAGAAAUGCCAUCUGACAGCUUUUGAGGCAUAUUACUUUGGCUCAUGGAAAACUGUGGAGCGCUUACAAAUUUGGAAUGGGGUCAUAACCAUGCUUUUGUUUGAUUAUGGAGAUUUAAUUGAAGAAAAUGUUCCCAUUUCCAACCUGCAAAUAAGGUCAAGAAAAGCCACUUUGUCAGAUUGCACCUGCUUUCUAAGGCCUGGACUUGUUUUUUGUGUGCUAUCGACCCCUCAAGGUACUGAAGAUUCAAGUGAUGAUGAAAAUCAGGAUCCAGCUGAGGAAGCUGCUAUUGCUGCAUUGAAGAGAGCUCUUGGUGCUUUGAGCGUUCAUCUGGCUUCAAAUACUUACCUGGUUGGUCAUGCUGUGACCCUGGCUAGCAUUAUCAUGACAUGUAACUUGUUUCCGGUAUUCACUAAUGUCAUGACUAAGAGCUUUACUACUGAGUUCCCUCAUGUUGAGAGAUACUAUUGGACCAUGGUUAACCAACCAAAUUUCAAAAAGGUGAUAGAGGCUGUACUCUUGAUCUACUGCCUCCAAGUAAGAUGAUACUGGAUGAGUGGAAGAGGCUGUACUCCAAUACCAAGACCAACUUUCGUGAAGUUGCAAUCAAAGGUAUAAAUUCAAUUAUGAGCUUAAUGUUACUUGUUGGAAUCUAUAUUAAUACCUUUAUACUGCAUUUGAGCCUUCUUUUUUUUCUUCUUCUUUUGUUUGUUGGCAUAUGAAAUGUUACGAGCUUGAGGUUGGUUCUGCUGACCCCUCUAUUUGUUUUCGGUGUGUUCCACUUCCUUGUGUGCAAAUGCCUCCACUCCCUUCCUCCAAAAAAAUAAAUAAAAAAUGAUGUAGUGUUAAUUUUUUUGAUACAUGUGUAAAAGUACCAAAUUUUCUUUGUAAUCUUGUUUAUUGGUGCGCAUCAUAAACAUAAUGUAUUAUUAUGUAGUUGCCUUACCAUUCUAUUGAUGUUUAAGUGAAAGUAUACUUUUGUUUAACAAUUCGUCUUACCAUUCUAUUGAUGUUAAGUGAAAGUAUACUUUUGUUUAACAAUUCACCAGCAUUCCACGUUAAGUAAACUUCACUUUACCUGUUGUUUAGUUUGCACCCAUGCUAGACUAAUUACAUCUGUAUUUUGCUGAUAUAACCAAAAAGCUGACUGAAUACAAAAUUUGACAAAUUGACAUCAUUGAAAAUGGAAAGUAAGGGAUAAAAACAUGCUAAUAUUAUGUGUAUCUUGUUGACACUUAUUGCUGUCACAAUAAUAGAACAUUAAGAGUUGCCGUAGAAAGCAAGUAGCAUACUAUGUUGGGUUUAUAAUACGUAAACUCACAAUUUGAAUAUAUUGCUUAGCCUUUAAUUGGGUAAUUGUUAGAAACCCCUGAUUUUUCUUGCUAGUCUGGUGUAUGCACAAGAUGCUCAAUGUGCUGUCAUAAUAAUUCUCUGUAACCACCUGAAGAACAUAGAUCCCUUUGUGUUGUCGCGAGUUGUAUAGUUAGCUUGACUCUUAUCCUUUUCUAUUGCAUUAGGUAGUCUGGUGUACAUGUCCUUUUCAACUCAUCAUUAACAAGAACUUCUAUAAUUCUGUAUGUGUAGCUCCAUUUCAUAUCAAUUUAUUUAUUUAUUUUUGGUGGGUAAUAUUCAUCUCAAUUAGUGAUGAACAUGUAUUUAAAUGGUUCCCAAUAAAUAAAAGUUACAAUGGUUCCCAAUAGCUCCAUUUCAAGUGGGAGAAAUAUCAAAUGUGGGGUGACUGGUGGGUAUUCAUUGUCAUUGUAUUUCUUUGUAUAAAGAUAUGAUAUUAAUUAUGUUGCCU